AUGAGUGCCAAGCUCUCCAAGGAGUUGAGGCUGUCGCUGCCACCUUGUCUCCUGAACAGGACAUCUGCCACCUUAAACAGCAGCAGCACCUGCAUCACGCAAGUGGGUCAACUCUUCCAGUCCUUCUCAUCCACCGUGGUUUUAAUUGUCCUGGUCACCCUCAUCUUCUGCCUGAUCCUCCUCUCCCUCACCACCUUCCACAUCCACAAGAGGAAGAUGAAGAAGCGGAAAAUGCAAAAGGCUCAGGAGGAGUAUGAACGGGACCACUGCACCCGCAGCAGCAAUAGCAGCAGCCGGCCCACUGGGACAGGAGAGGCACCCCAAGGAAGAGACAGCCGGCUGGGAAGACCCCCCCAGGACUCGGAGAUCCAGCGCCCCUCUCCCUCAGCAGCCCCAAGCUCUCAGCAAGCACGGGCUUGUUUGGACACAGCUGGUGCCGGGCUCCUGCAGACGGUGAUUUUGUCAUGA